AUGGGGGUGCAUUAGUACUGUAAUAUAGAGAAACCUGGGUACGUGACGAGUGCAUCAAGCCGUUGAUAACCGUAUAUAUAGAGGCAGUCUGAGUACCUUGGAUAGUACUCAUCAGGACAACCAUCGCAUUCUCUUCACAAUAGCAAAGUCCGACAGUCGUCAACAUGAAGUCCGUCCUCAUCGCCCUCCUCGCUGCCGCCAGCACGGCGAGCGCCCACUACACCUUUCCCGAGCUCACUGUCAAAGGGACAAAGACUGGUCAAUGGAGUUAUGUCCGCAAGACAGCCAACUAUCAGUCCAACGGCCCUACAACAGAUGUAACAGCCAACGCCAUCCGUUGCUACGAACUCUCCCCCGGAACUGGCUCAAAAACUUACACUGUCAACGCCGGAGACUCUGUCGGCUUCACAGCCGUGUCCAGCAUCUCGCACCCAGGACCCCUGCAAUUCUACCUUGCGAAAGUGCCAGAUGGCAAGACGGCUGCUAACUGGGAUGGAAGUGGUGACGUGUGGUUCAAAAUCUACAGUCAGGGUGCUGAUUUCUCUGGUGGUCAGAUGAACUGGCCUUCGAGUGGCAAACAAGAAGUCUCAGUGCCCCUACCCAAGUCCCUUCCUUCGGGCGAAUACCUUAUGCGCGUCGAGCACAUCGCGCUACACUCCGCUUCUGCAGUUGGCGGCGCACAGUUCUACAUUUCGUGCGCGCAGUUGAAGGUUGAGAACGGUGGCAGUGGAACACCAGGACCCAAGGUUGCUUUCCCAGGAGCUUACAAGGCGGAUGACAAGGGUAUCCAAAUCAACAUUUACUACCCUGUUCCCACGAGCUACACACCUCCUGGACCGGCUGUGUGGAGUGGAUAGAUUGAUGGGGUUACCUUCGUUGUAAAUAUUUCAGAACGAGAAUUUGAGUUAUGCAUGUUGAAUGAACAGUUGAGAUCUUUAU